AUGACCUCUGAUAUUACGGUGCCAUGUGGGAUUCGCUGUCUAGAUUGUUCCCCCCAUUAUGGGCUGCUGCUGACCACAAAGACCUUACAGAGUAUUUUCCAAGCAUCAUUCCUGGAUGUGCAGAUUGUCCCCAGUGUCCAUAGUCCUCCACUCUAUGAAGAGACUGAGAGGAAGCUGCCAGACAUGGAGAGUCUCCAGAGAGGUUUUGAAGACCUUGGCCUCCUGGACUCCUGUAAUACACACGUAGAGGAUCUGCUCAAGGAUCUCUACAUUGAGAACCAAGCACUAGAACUGAAUUCUUCAUUGCAGGGGGGGACUCGGGGCAUAAAUAAUUACAUGACAUGUAAUCGUCAGAACUCCACAGCUAAAGCCUCUGGUGUCACCUCUCAGGAGAGACUGCAGGAAGGUUCGAGUGUCUAUAAACCUUGGUGCAGAAACGACAAAAUGAAGGGAACAUUUGCUAAGCCAAGUCCAGCCAAUCAGUCUAAGUACAUAUCUGGUGUAAGAGACGCCUGGUCGGCCAAUGACUAUAUACCGAUGAGUGUCAUGGCGCCUGCAUAUUAUCAAUGUAGUCAACAGCAGUGCAACUUCCAGAACAGCACCCACCAGAAGCCCUACAAUCCGAAACUUCAGCAGCUUCCCAAGGUCGGCAGUCUUGAUUGUCGGGAACCCUAUGCUAAGCCUUCUGUGCCUAGAGCCCCAGCAAAUGAAGGGUUUCCCCAGCGAUGGUUAGAAACAGAGACGGCCAGAAGCCAGAAACAAGCAACAAGUCCAAUACCGUCACCUGUAGGUUCCACGCUGUCUGAUGGAUCUCCAACACAUCACCCUGGAUACUUCUCUCCCCCAUCAAAGAAAGAGGGACAGCUGAACAGCUCAACAUAUCAAGAAAAGCGCAGCAAGUCCUUCGUCACCUGUCUCCUAGUAAGGAGGGAAUGUAUCGUUACAUGCCACCAACAUAUCCCCCCCAACUGGUCUCCCCCACACCAGAUGUCCAUCACGGGCCACCCUGAACGAUAUGACAAGGUGCCCAAGAAGUCAAGUCCGCCCAAUAUCAAUAAUAAUGAGAGAAGGGGGAAAAGAAGCUGGAACAGCCCACAUGGAAAACAGAACCCACCGCUCUACACCGGAUUCCAGAGAAAGCCAGAUCCUAACAUGGGAAACGUGUCAGACUUCAUUAAUGCCUCCUUCCUUCCAUCCUUCUCCUUAAUGGCUGACCUAAAGCAAAGCCAGAAUUUUCCCUUUAAUCCCCAGACCAUUUCUCCCCCAACCAACCUCCCUUUUCCACCUCCAUUUCCAUUUUCUGACCUCAUCGAUCUGUUCCACUAUGAAGAUCUAAAUCCAGUUCCUCCUUUCAUGGGUGACAUGUUCUGCGGUGAUGUUCCUCCCCCAGUCUUUCCCUUCUCCGCUCCGUUCAACAGAUAUCGUCCGUCAAGGAAUCGCAGUGGUCCUGCCAAUGAGCUCCAUGUGCAGCUAGAGGAAUGCUGUGAACAGUGGAGGGCGCUAGAGAAGGAGAGAAAAAAGACAGAAGCAGAACUCGCUACAAAGUUUCCAGGAAGCAGAAUAUCCAGUUCUUACAGUUCGUCCAUCCCACGACUUCCAGCCAAUCCCUCCCGGGUUGACCGUCUAGUUGUGGAUCAGUUUCGGGAACAAGCCAGAGCCGUCUCGUUGGUUAAAAUCAUGGAGCGUAUCCGUGGCGAGGCUCUUCACGUCAAUAUAAGUUUUGCUCUGGAGCAUCACCUUGAAGCCAUUCACCUCACACAAGCACGACGGAAAGAUGAGAUUAUCAACGCCGCUAACCGACAGAAGCAAGGAGUCCCGCGGUACAACAACGAGAGGGACGUCCUGGCAUUGGCAGCUGCCAUGAAGGAGAUGGUGUUGUCUACACGGAAGGCGCGUACCGCCCUGUGGUGUGCUUUGCAGAUGACUUUGCCUAAAUCCUCAUGUGGUGUCACUGUGAAGCAGGAAGAUAUAGACAGAGCCUUACAGGAGCUAUGUCCAUCAAGACCCCUGACCGUGCAGGUGGAGCUUCAUGUCGGAUGUGGAAGAGAAGGGAACACUGUCCAUUAG